AUGUCCGAAAUCGAAGAAUUAACCAAAUAGAAGCAAGUCUUAGAGGCUUAAUAAGCACUUCUUGAGAAUUGGGUUGUUCUAAAGAAGAACUUGUCCUCAAAGUUCAAGAAUCCAUCAGAAGCAUUUAAAUGUUUAGUGAAGGGCAAUGCUUCAGAAUUGACAAUUUAGGAUUUUGAUGAUUAUGCCAAAGGAAUCAAUCUUAAUGAAUUAUUUAAGGAUUAACAUUUAAAUGAAGAAACCUUUGUUAAAAUAUGGGAAUCAUGGGAAUUUAAUUAUAAAGCCAAUUAACAUAAACUAUAGAUGAUAGAUGAAAAGUUAGAAGUGCUUGUAAUCUUGGAAGAUAAAGAUGCCAAGAUGUUUAAGGGAGAUUCCAAUAAAAAAAAGUUAAUAGUAUCUUAGAUAUAAGGAUGUGAAAAUCUUGAAGAUUUGCAUAAAAAGUUAGGUGAAAUGGUUUAAAAUAACACUAAUUAAAAAUAAAAAGAUGGAGUGGCUCCUAAUGAAAGUGAUGUUUUCUCUUAAUUCUUGGCAAAAAAGAGUUAGAUCUAAUUUAGUGAGUUAUCAAUUAGUAAAAUGCAAACUAAAUUGGCAGAAAUCCCAUAAUAAGGAGAGUCAUCUGAUAGUGCAUAAAAAUAAAAGCUUGAAUAACCAUUAGUUGAAAGUUAAAUUAUCGUAAUUGGGAAAGUGACAUUGCCUAAGAAAAGCUAUUUAGAUUCAUAGAAUAGCAUCAUUCAUAAGCGCGGUAACUAUUCCACAAAUCAAUCCAAAACAUUCAUCAAUGAUUCAAAUGCUAUCAAAAUAGUAUCUCCAAAAGUCGCACGUCCAAAGGAUCAACUCAUAAGUCCUAAGAAUUUCUAAUAGCCAUCAAAUUUUGAUGAGAAUGAUUAAAUUAGAAGAUCAUAAAAAUCUAAAAAAUUAAAAGGAGACUUGCAACAUUACAUUGAAGACCUAUUUCAUGGAGACCAUCAUUAGAAAAACCCAUAUGAAAUUCAAACCAAAGGCUUAUAAGGUUUUAAUUAUAAAAAGAAUUUAAAGACAGUUCAACACAGAAUAGAGCUAAGACCCACUGAGUCUGUUGAGUCUCACAAUAUACAAAAAAGAGUGUAAAAUAUUAGACACAAGUUAGAUGAAUAUUAAAAUAAAAGAACCAGAAGAUAAUCUCCUCAAAAACCUUACACAUCAGGAAAUACAUUAACCAAAACUGAUAUUACUCCUGAGAGAAGAUACUCUUAAAGCAGAUCAAGCCCAUAUACUCCAGGAAAUGUUCAUAGAUUAAAUGUAGACAGAUUGAAGUAAGAGAAGGAUGCUACUUAAAAAUAAAAUUCAGAUAAAAAACCAUAAAAUAAUGAAGAAGAUGACAUCCCCUAAAAAGGUUUAGAUAGAUAAAAGGCUUUUAUAUCUGAUUGA